AUGGCGUCGGAAUUCGAGGCAGCAAGCCAGGAACAGGAAAGGAAAACGACGGACUUUACAUCGAACAAACCGGGGGAGGAAAAGGAGCAAGAUUGGGAUAAUGCGCAAGGGCAGGAAGGGGAGCAACAGCAGCGCUCACAGCAGGGGUCGCAACAAAAACAGCAGCAGCAGAAGAAGAAGCAGUCAGGUCAGUCAAGUCAGAAAGGGCAAAAGCAGCAAGGGGGAGGCAACCAAACACCACCGCCGCGCCGGUUCGACGGAUCCGACCCAAUCACGUGGGUUAUCGCGACCGUCAUGCUGUACCCGUUCUACACCAUGUUUUUCUCCUCUGAGUCGUCUCGCGAGAUCACCUGGCAGGAGCUGCGCAAGAACUUCUUGGACCGGGGCCUGGUUGAGAAGCUCGUCGUUGUGGACAGGCGCGUGCGGGUGGAGCUCAACCGCGAUGCCGUACGGAACAUGUACCCCGACUCCCAGGCGGCCAACCCCAACUUCGUCUACUACUUCUCUAUCGGUUCCGUCGACGCCUUUGAGCGGAGGCUAGAUGAGGCCCAGCAGGAGCUUGGCGUCCCAACCUCCGAGAGGAUACCGGUGAGCUAUGCCCAGGAGGGCAUGGCCGCCAACCUCCUGAUGGCGUUCGGGCCGACCAUCCUGAUUGUCGGUCUGCUCGCCUGGAUAUCGCGUCGGGCUGGUGGCGUGGGCGGAGGUUCCAGCAACAUGUUUGGUUUUGGGAAGAGCAAGGCCAAGAUGUUCAACCACGACUCGGCGGUCAAGGUUAAGUUCGCCGACGUAGCGGGCAUGGACGAGGCCAAGACCGAGAUUAUGGAGUUCGUCAGCUUCCUCAGGACCCCCGAGCGGUUCCAGAGGCUUGGCGCUAAGAUCCCCCGCGGUGCUAUCCUCUCUGGUCCUCCUGGUACCGGUAAGACGCUCCUCGCCAAGGCGACGGCCGGCGAGUCGCAGGUGCCCUUCUACAGCGUCAGCGGUUCCGAGUUCGUCGAGAUGUUUGUCGGUGUCGGUGCCUCCCGUGUCAGGGAUCUCUUCGCGACGGCGCGCAAGAACGCGCCCUGCAUCAUCUUCAUCGACGAGAUCGACGCGGUCGGCAAGUCUCGUGCCGAUGGCGGCGGCUUCAAGGGCGGCGGCAACGACGAGCGCGAGGCCACGCUGAACCAGAUUCUUACGGAGAUGGACGGCUUCAACACCUCGGAGCAGGUCGUGGUCCUUGCUGGCACCAACAGGCCCGACAUUCUGGACAAGGCCCUGAUGCGGCCCGGGCGCUUCGACAGGCACAUCCACAUCGACAGGCCGACCAUGAAGGGUCGCAAGUCGAUCUUCAAGGUGCACCUACAGAAGAUCCUGACCAAGGAGGACAUGGACUACCUGACGGGCCGUCUCGCUGCUCUGACACCGGGCUUCGCUGGCGCCGACAUUGCCAAUGCCGUCAACGAAGCUGCCCUUAUUGCUGCCAGAGCCAACGCAACCAGCGUCGAGAUGAUCCACUUCGAGCAGGCGAUCGAACGUGUCGUCGGCGGUCUCGAGCGCAAGUCGCUCGUCCUCAGCCCCGAAGAGAAGCGCACAGUGGCCUACCACGAGGCCGGGCACGCCAUCUGCGGUUGGUACUUCCGGUGGGCGGACCCGCUGCUCAAGGUGUCCAUCAUCCCGCGCGGGCAGGGCGCGCUCGGGUACGCGCAGUACCUACCCGCCGGCGACGCCUACCUGAUGAACACCAACCAGCUCAUGGACCGCAUGGCCAUGACGCUGGGCGGGCGCGUGUCGGAGGAGCUCCACUUCCCGACCGUCACCACGGGCGCGAGCGACGACUUCAAGAAGGUCACGCGCAUGGCCACGACCAUGGUCACGCAGUGGGGCAUGUCGGAGAAGCUGGGCCCGCUGCACUUUGAGAACGACCAGAACCAGCUGCACAAGCCGUUCGCCGAGUCGACGGCGCAGGCCAUCGACGGCGAGGUGCGCCGCAUCGUCGAUGAGGCCUACAAGCAGUGCAAGGACCUGCUGGUCGCGCGCAAGAAGGAGAUCGCCAUCGUCGCCGAGGAGCUGCUGCGCAAGGAGAUGCUCACCCGUGACGACCUCGUCCGCCUGCUCGGCCCCCGGGAGUGGCCCGAGAAGGAGGAGUUUGCCAAGUUCUUUGACAACCGCCACGGCGGGAAGAGCGCCCCGCCCCCGUUCCCCAUCGAAAACACCGACACGCCCGAUGAGGCGGAACCGGCGCUGUUUGACGAGGAGAAGCCGCCGACGGACGGCGGGAGGUGA